GCGGAACUCCAGGCACCCACUUCCCCAGCUGCUGACGUCAGCUGGCAGCCUGGGCAGUGCUCGCCGCUCCGGACAUAGCGCCGACAAAAAUGCUGCUCUCCGUACCGCCAAGGGCAGGAAUCAACCCGUACAGCGGCUUUAACAGCAGAAACAGCAAAAAGCAGACCUAUGUUUCCUCCGGCCACCAGAUGGCUCCACCGAGUCCCAACAACAACAGUAGCAGUAACAGCAGCGGAGGAGGUGGAGAACAACUAAGUAAAACCAACCUGUAUAUCCGCGGUCUUCAUCCCGGGACUACAGACCAAGACCUGGUUAAGCUCUGCCAGCCGCAUGGCAAGAUUGUGUCAACCAAAGCAAUCUUGGAUAAAACCACCAACAAAUGUAAAGGCUAUGGCUUUGUAGACUUCGACAGUCCAGCAGCAGCUCAGAAAGCUGUAACGGCUCUGAAAUCAAGUGGUGUCCAGGCACAGAUGGCCAAACAACAAGAGCAGGACCCCACCAAUCUGUACAUCUCCAACCUGCCGGUGUCCAUGGACGAGCAGGAACUGGAGAGCAUGCUCAAGUCCUUUGGACAGGUCAUUUCCACGCGCAUUCUGCGAGAUGCCAACGGAACCAGCCGCGGUGUGGGAUUUGCCAGGAUGGAGUCCACAGAGAAGUGUGAGGCCAUAAUUCAGCAUUUUAAUGGCAAAUUCAUCAAGACUCCACCGGGAGUUCCGGUUCCCACAGAGCCCUUAUUAUGUAAGUUUGCAGACGGAGGUCAGAAAAAGAGGCAGAACCAGGGGAAGUACCUCCCCAACGGAAGGCCCUGGGCCAGAGACGGAGAGACCGGAGGAAUGACGCUUGCGUAUGACCCCACAACAUUACAAAAUGGCUUCUACUCAUCGCCAUACAGUCUGGCUCCAAACCGGAUGAUCGCCCAGACGUCCCUCUCACCUUACAUGCAUUCUCCUGUCUCAUCCUACCAGGUGCACAGCCCGUCCUGGAUGCACCAUCAGUCAUACCUCAUGCAGCCAGCUGGUACAGUUCUUACCCCAGCAAUGGAUCACGCGAUGUCCAUCCAGCCCACGUCUAUGUUGGGACCUCUUGCCCAGCAGCUAAGCCACCUGUCCCUGGGCAGCACGGGCACAUAUAUUCCGGCCAACACAACUAUGCAGGGGACCUACAUCCCCCAGUACACCCCAGUGCCUCCCUCCAAUGUUCCAGUUGAGGAGAACGGUGGUCAGCAGCAACAGGUUGCUAUGGAAACUCCAACAGAACACACAAACUACUCGUACCAACACACCAAGUGAAGCUUGGGUGGGGCCUAGGCCAUGUGAUGAAUCCAACCAAUCAGGGUUCAGCUAAACAAGAACUCUGCUCCAUCCCGUCACCAACCAUUCGGACUUGAACAUGGAUGACAAAAGGAACACGUGUGUAUGCGCGUGUGUGUCUGUGUGUGUGUGUGUGCGUGCGUAUGAGAGAGAGAGAGAGUCUGUGUGUUUGUUUGUUUGUUUUACUUCCAUUUUUAAAGAAACAAGAUAACACUUCCAUCAUUGAAUGUUUCUGCUCACAAGUUGAACUACCAAAGGAGGUAAUCUUCUCCAGAGAAGAUCUGAUCUAUUUUAAUAACUGAAACAAGGAACAAGACAAAAUGCUGUAGGAAAAAAAAAAGAGGAAGAAAA